AUGGUGAGCGAAGAGCGCAUUCAAGAGCCGUAUCAUUUGUACACUGUGAAGGAGAAGUGGGUCUUGGUGGCAAUCGCGGGUGCGGCCGCCUCAAUUCCAAUGCUCACGUUCAACAUGUACCUCCCGGCUCUGGGAAGAAUUGCUACGGAUUUGGAGAUCGGUGCUGAGGCUACCAACUUAACCAUCAUGGCGUAUUUGAUGAUGCAAGGGGUUGCGCCGCUUUUUUGGGGUCCUCUGUCUGAUAGUUUCGGUCGCCGAUCGGUCUACCUCGCUACCUUUUCGCUCUACGUUACCUCCUGCGUAGUAUUGAGUUUCUCACCAACUUACGCGGUCCUGUUGUUCUUUCGCAUGGCACAAGCAGCCAGCAUUGCAUCCAGUGUGUCCAUCGGAUAUAGCAUCAUUCGCGACAUCUCCACGCCACCCGAGUGCGACCGGUUUCACUGCUUUUUCCAAGGUGUCCGUAACGGAACCUUAGUUCUGUCGCCGAUUCUUGGCGGGUUACUCUCCAAUUGGACGGACUUUAGGUGUCUGUUUGUCCUCCUGUUCGCACUGGGAACAACAGUACUUGUUGCAAUUGCCUUCCUACUCCCCGAGACGCUCCGCAGUAUUGCGGGCAACGGCUCCGUACCGUUGGUGAACAUACAUGAGCCGUUGGUGUGGAAAUGUAAGGUCUUUGGAAAGCCUGCACACACGAAUGAGGGCUUGCAGCCUGCUGCAAGACCUAUCACGCCAAGGAGGAAGUUUCUGGAGCCACUUUACCUUUUCCAAAAUCGUGUUGUCCUCUUGAGCCUCAUCUUCAACAGCAUAGUCUUCAUGAUCUGGAUGAUGAUGACGGUCAGCACAACUACACUUUUCGAGAAGGCAUUUGGGCUCAACGGAGCCCUGGUCGGCCUGGCUUUUGUUCCCAACUUUCUCGGCGCCAUCGCUGGCUCGGCUCUUAUUGGCAACUUGCUGGACAACGACCUCAGACGCGCAUACUCGGCAUACAAACAUGCGCAUUUCCUCCCUUCGAACACCAGCCUUUCUCGGCACUCCAUACCGACUGACUUCGCUCUCGAGCAUGUGCGCCUGAGGCGUGUUCCAAUAUUCAUCACUGUAUUGGUCACUUCGCUUGCGUUCUACGGAUACACGCUCGCAUAUUCCAGUCUGACGUCUCUGGGCGGCUGGAUUUGUAUACCUUUGUUGCUUCAGUUUCUCAUCGCAGCGACAGCACAUGCAAUAUGUGGCGUACAACAAACCCUUCUCUCAGACCUAUGGCCAAGUGACGACUCGGAUGCAGCGUCGGCUGCGAGCAACCUCGCACGAUCCGUAUUUGCUGCCAUUGGUGUUGCCGUAGUGGAGAAGAUCAUAGAAUGCAUAAGAGUUGGACCAACAUUCCUGGCUUUGGGACUUGUAGUAAUGGUUUUAGUACCGUUGCCGAUUGUGCAGUGGUACUUCGGCGAAUCGUGGAGAGCGGCAAGAGGAGCAAACAGGGGAGGUGCGCCGACCAAGGGUUCCCGGACGACCAACGUGUAG